GACCAUAAGAACCUAACUACAGUUUAUAAAAAAAAUGGAUCAUUUGAUCAGCAAAGAAAGGAGUUAUUAGAAAAUUUCAAGCAAUCGGAAACCCAUUCCAAUUUAUUAUUGAAGUUAAGGCUAAUGGUUGAAAACAAGGUGAAAAAUGAUCCUUCGAUACUCAUGAAGAAUAAGGGGAAGAUGGGAGCAUUGAUCCAAGGGGAGAUUAUUAAUCAACGUUUAAGCAAGAAUGAGGAUAGAAGCAAUACGGAGAGAGGUAUUAAUAGUAAUAACACGAAUAGUUUGUUGAGUAUAGUGGAUAAGGAUAUCCAAGAAAAGAUAAUCGACUCGCCCGAGUUCCACGAGACUUUGAGAAUAGAAUUGAAAGACAUCAAGAGAAAACUAGAAGGAAUAAGUGAUGAAGAUUACGUAAAGAUAUUAGAAGAAGAAAAGAUGCAACGAGAGAAAGAACUUGAAGAACUUGAACAGAAAAAGCAAGAAAAAGAAUCGGCUUAUAAGAAUAACUUCAAAAUGAAGAAUAUGAAUAAAGUGAUCAAGCCACCAAGAUUCAAUUUUGGG